AUGGGUAACUAUGUUUCUUGCGCGUUAGGCUCAAGCCCGUUGAUGAAGAGCAAAAAGGCAGCGAGAGUGGUGCUUCCUGGCGGAGAAGUGAGGCAGUUCCGGGAAGAAACAAAAGCUGCCGAGUUAAUGUUGGAGUGUCCGAAUUUUUUCCUGGUGAAUUCAAAGUCUCUUCACAUUGGGAGGAGAUUUUCUGCGUUGGGUGCUGAUGAAGAGCUCGAGUUUGGAAACGUUUACAUUAUGUUUCCGAUGAAACGAGUCAACUCUGUGAUUUCUGCAGCCGAUAUGGCGGUUCUUUUCAUGGCGGCGAACUCGGCUGCGAAGAGGAUAUCCGGUGGAGGUAAUAAUGUUAGAGUUUCGCCGGAAUCCGAAAAGGAGACGCCGUCUUCAUCGUCUCCAAGGGUGAGUUUGGAGGGCGUUGAAGAAGGGUUUUCGGAGUUUCAGUACAGGUUAGUUGUGUGUAGGUCGAGGAAGCCAUUGUUGGAGACUAUAAAGGAAGAGCCGAUCUGUUCAAGGUGA